AUGGUGAUUUUUAUGCCGUACUAUCGUCAACAAGGACAACUAUUUCAUUCUCAUACUCGUAAUCGUCCAACAUCAUCUUCUAAUGGACAACAUCAUACGACGGCAGCACAUACUACAAUUCAUAUGAGUGCUUGUAAAUUUGCAUCGAGUAUAUUAUGUCGUUUUACAUUUUCUCUUUUUUUAUUUGCUAUCGCACUGUUUUUAUUUCAAUUAUCGAUAAAUAAUGUGUCAAACAAGAAAAAAGGCUCAAAUAUAAUUGCCGCUAUUUUAUUAACUAUUGCUAUUGUUUCAUUUUUACGUACGUUUCAAACAUUACGCCGUUAUUUAACCAUUAUGCAAACAAGACGUCGACUUGUUCAAAGAUUACGAGAACGACAAGAAGCUUAUGAUUUAACUUUAGCAAUGAAUGCAGAUAUUCAUUCAGACCUUGUGAUGGGUGAUCAUGCUGAUUUACCAUCGUAUAAAGAACUUUUUCCUUCUCAUCAUAAUAUCAGUAUUAUUGGUACUGAUCCAUCGACAUCCUUGCCACCUCCGUCUUAUGAAGAUUUUGUUAAAACACUUGGUACUCGUCAAUCAACUACAUCGCUUCCAAUAUCAUCUUUACACCCAAUAUCAUUGCCAACAACAAAUAUAUCAACAUCAUCUACUCAAUCACAAACGAGUCCAACAAGAUGUAUAUGGAUAACACAUCGAACACAACGGCCUGCCUUUAUUCGUGGUACUGUUACAUAUGUUUAG